CACCACCACCAAGGAAAGCUCCAAACACCAGCAAGCCUGAGCCCAGGAGCAAUCACACAACAAGGGGGAGAGGCUAGAGAGUAUUGUGUGCAGAGAGGAGUGUCCUCUUACCAACCUGCUCCAACAACACAGUGCUGCUAGGCUGCCACUAACACAGGGAGGAGGGAGGUGGCACCAGCUCCAACAUCUGGGGAUCUCCAUGAAGCCGCAGGAUCCCCACAAACUCUGGGCUUUAAACCAGCCACCAGUCCCUGGAUCCCCCAAAGCUGCCUGUUAUGAAGGAAGAAUGGAGUUUCCAGACCAUAGCCGCCAGUUGCUGCAAUGUCUGAGUCAGCAGCGUCACCAGGGUUUCCUGUGUGACUGUACUGUUUUAGUUGGGGAAGCACAGUUCCAGGCUCACAGAGCUGUAUUGGCGUCUUGCAGCAUGUACUUCCAUCUUUUCUACAGGGACCAGCUAGACAAAAGGGACAUUGUACAUCUGAACAGUGACAUUGUCACAGCCCCAGCAUUCAGUCUGCUGCUUCAAUUCAUGUACGAAGGGAAGCUGGAAUUCAACAACCUCCCAGUAGAAGAUGUGCUGGCCGCUGCAAGCUAUCUUCACAUGUAUGACAUUGUAAAAGUCUGCAAGGGCAAGCUUAAAGAUAAAGAACUCAGUUCGGGAGAGAAAGCUGCCGAUGAUGGGUCUGACUUGGAGAAGGAGGAUGUGUUUUCUGAUAAAAAUGGACCUCAAGGAUGUAUUUUAGAUAAAGAAAAAAUGUCUACCACUGAAUGUGAGAAACCAGCCUGGAAAGAAAAGGUCAGUGGGCUUCCAGGCUGGUCCCCCGACUUGAUAGGUGUCAAUUCAGUUUCUGCAGAGGCUGUGUCAUGUAAGACAGCAGCUGGAAAAACAAAGGCCAGUGUCAAUAGUUCUUCAUGCCCUUUGUCCCAGAGAUCUGCUAACCAUACACAGCCUCCAAGUGAUGGGGAUUGUGCUCUGGAUUUGUCUUUCAAGCCAAUGUCUGGGAGAGAUUCCUUACACCCCUCCUACGUCUUUGGACAGCUGGCUUCCGACAGCCAGCAGCAGGGCACUGUGCCACUUGUUAAAGAUGAACAAGGCUUGCUGUCAGAACAGGAGGACAGUGAGGCAAAGAGUCCAAAGAGUCAACAUGUUGGGAAUUCGGCCAAAAACCUAAUGACAGGGUUAGGACACAUGUUCACAGGAAAUGGAAAUUCUCACGUUAGGGAAGAGGACUUGUAUCACGAUCGAGACGAGAGCGAAGAUGACAUGGACUCCUCAGAUCUCUCCACGUCAGGUGUCCUCGUGUCUCCGGGACAGAUUUGCAUAUGUCCUCUAUGUAGUAAAGUUUUCCCAAGUCCUCACGUUCUGCAGCUACAUCUCAGCUCUCACUUCCGAGACAGAGACGGUUCUCGGAUUAAGAUGUCUCCGGAUGGUUCUGUCCCCACCUGUACGAUAUGUGGCAAAACUUUCUCGUGUAUGUACACCUUAAAGAGACAUGAACGUACGCACUCUGGAGAAAAGCCUUACACUUGUGGCCAGUGUGGGAAAAGUUUCCAAUAUUCCCAUAACCUCAGCCGUCACGCGGUGGUUCACACGCGGGAAAAGCCACAUGCGUGUAAGUGGUGCGAGAGACGUUUCACCCAGUCAGGUGACUUGUACAGACAUAUCCGUAAGUUUCACUGUGGCCUAGUCAAGUCCUUGGUUGUGUAGUAAAAAUGAAGGUUGAUUCUUCACUGUUGAAUCCAUUGUUGGAGCUCUGUAAUAUUCUCACUUGACCCCACAAAGUGCAUCUUCCCAUCCCCCCUCUCCCAGCAAUUAUUUAAUAUAUAUUUAAUAUGAUUUAUUCUGCUGUUCACGUGAAUGUGGCAGACAAUUACAAAUGUGAAAAGAGUGUCCGCAAAUUACCCAUAAUUCUCUGCUUAGCACAUGUUGGUUACAUCUGGCUUAAUAACUUGAGUUAGAAAGGCAGAAAUACCCCCAAACACAUGCACUCACUACUAAGACUACCUAUAGAAUAUCUUGGUUAUAUUGUUGCAGAUGUAGCAAAGCUGAGUAAGUUAUGUGGCACAACGUAUUGUGUUCUAACCUAUUGCAUUAUCACAAUGCACAACCCAUUCAGCUCAGCUACAUCUGUCUAGGGGCCCAAUUGCAGACAGCAUGUCCUCUGAAUAGAUUCAUAUUUUCUAUUAACAUUUCAGUCAGCAGUAUUUAGGACGUGGUACGCAAUUUUUCUUGGUCUAAGUUAGUAAAGUGUUGAACAUUUGAUAAAUGUUCAGUCGCUUCAAAGUAUUGACAAUUAAAAUCCUAAAUAUCAUAGUGUUUCUGUACCCGGAUCUUGUGAGCCUGAUGAAUUUUCUCAUUUUGGCUCAAUUUAUUAAUAUUACGUGCACAGAGCACAGUGUAAGUCUAAUGGAGCUUAUUUAUCGAAGCUGCCGGACAGAAAAAAAACACAAACCAAGCCUUGUUGCCCCUAGCAACCAAAUCUGAACUCUGCUUUUUCAAAUUUUAUUAAACUGUUCUCUGCUUGGUUGCUAGGGGCAACAUGGCAGGUUGUUGUUUUUUCUGUCCGACAGCUUUGAUCAAUGGUCCCUGUGUGUUCCCUCAUCUGAAGCAGAUGAAGAUUUUAGUAUUUGUAUCUAAGACAGUUGUAAGAUAAAAUGUCGCCAACAACCAGAAAGACAGUGUCGCAAUGCAAAAAAAAAAAAAAAAAACUUUAUUGCCUGAUGAUGGCUGUCACAAUCCACUCAGGAAACAUUGAACGGUCAAUGUUUAAUAGAUAUGACAGAUGUCUUAAAUAUUCCCCCGUUUUGAUAAGCUAUAGUAUUCAACACAGUAUCUGUUGUAUUCCCAGAAUUCUCUGCAAAGUCUUAAAGGACGUACAUUAGAUAGAGACAACCUCUAGCAACCAAUCAGAUCUAAGCUAUGGUCAGUCUGGAUAUUAAAGAAAAAAUAAUGAUUCCUGGAAAUCAUUAACAAGCUGCUGUUGUUUAUUAAAAAAAAAAACAUCAGCCCCCUCCCCCUUUCCAAAAAGAAAAGAAAAAAAAAAGUGAGCAGAUUUUCUCGCUUCAUUGGCUAUUUGGCUCCAGUCUUGGUCUAGGCUGACGUGAACAAUGGUCUUAUUGUUUGCUAUGGGUUGCAAUGUGUUAGCACCAUUAGCAUGAAGUUCUACUAGUCCUGCAUGAAGUAGAGAGGGGUCAUAAAUCAGGAAAAAUCUCUUCCAUCAAGGAGAGCGCUCCAUGUUACAUGCCAGUCUAGAAGGUGUUCUUAGUUUAAAACAAAAAAAAAUUCUUUAUUACGAUUCCAUUGGCAUUUACAAGAUGAAUGGAACCCUAUGAUAGUCGUUAUUACAAAAAUAAAAGCAGAUGCCCCUAAUGAGUUUUUAUGGUUCCCAAAUGGCCGUGUCAUUUGAGCAAACAUAUUUAUACGCCAACACGGUGUCACUCCCGCUCUGUGCUUCUUCCUAACUGCUGUUACAUAAACGUUGAAGGUAUGAUGUAUAUCGCUUUUAUUUUUUACCUACUUUUUAUUUUAUUUUUAAUGUGUGAACAUCCUGGUUUAAUAGGCUUCACCAAGGUACAAUAGUUCUAUCUACUGGUUAGUUAUGUUACUUUGCUGUGAUAUGGAAAAAAAAAAUGGCACUGAAAAAAAAACUACUAAAAUUAAGUUAUUUUUUAUUUUAUUUUUUAUUUUCCUGAUGGUACUUGAUAUAGUAUUUAUUAGUUUUUAUUUGAAGUGAAAUGAUUUAUAAUUUAGAGAUUCUAUUUAGCAUUGUGUUUUUGUUUUUUUUUUAAGUUUUUUUUUACCCUUUUUAAGUUGAGUGAUCAUCCCCUGAAAUGGGAGCAAUUGCUGUAUGUUUUUGAUUUUUGUCUUUUAAUAUUUAAUUUAUGUAUACUUUAAUAAAACAUUGUAAAGUAAUAUUAAACACUGGUAAACAACAAGGAAAGUUUACAUCCGCCUGAUGAACAUAUGGACAUAAAUAUAAAAAAAACUAAUAUUUUAUAAAUCCAGUUGUGCAAUGUCCAAUGACCUUGUUGUGUUUUUUAUGUUUUUUUUUUCUUCUGUUUGUUCAAUAGCUACAUCAUUUGCACUUAUUUUUUUUGAGUCAAUAACACUGAUAUCUUUGCUAGAGGAAAACCUACUUUCCUAUUCGCCUAUAGCAUUUGUUACUGAACACAUUGCACAGAUGCAGUUUGGGUAAAAUAAAUCUAUUUUUUUUUUUUUAAAUCCGUACCUGCUCUGCAGAGCUGCUCAUGGGUUUUAACACUGGAUGUGAAAUAGAAUCACACCAAUGCUGUGAAAUCACUGAAAAUGAUCAGUUUCUAGUUCUCCUUGAGGUGACAAAAAUGUAUAUGUAAAAAAACAAACAAACAAACAAAAAAAACAAACACUAAUUAUUUCUGUAUAAAGUUUUAUACUAUAUAAUAUGUAGACAGACCUGUUGGCUUGGAAUAUAUUUUAUAAGAAAAUAUUUUGCUGUUCUACAGAAAUUUUUUUGUUUCUUUUUGUAAUUCUUUACCUUCCUUUUUAGUUUGUGUGGUGUUUAAUUUGUACGAUUUUUUUUUUUCAGUGUGUGUUCAACUGACAAUCGUGAAUAGGAUUGAUGUCUUUAUAUUUUUCUUUUGUCAAAAAAAUAAAAUCUAAAUCUGGUAUA